UUUAUGAGAAAACUCAGGUUUUUCACUAAUAUCAUUCUCAUUUCAGAGCGUGGGAGAUUUGAUUGCCAUGUUUCAGAACAAUGCUUAUUUCUAUUUUGCGUUUGGGAGAAUGCUCAUUUUUUUAGCUUUACUUGUUAAAUGUUGGUUAAAGCAGCGCUUCCUUACUAAGCAGUAUCUGGUGCGAUUAGAUCCGGGCUGCGAAGAUCUAGACUGCAGCAAAGAGAUAUGAACACUCUCUUUGCUGCCAUCGAGGGGUCGCCGAGAUUUUUGCAUUCCAGAUCUGGUAGUUCUACAACAGCUUGCCUUUAAACGCAUCGGUGUAGUUCAGCCGAUCGGAGCUCGAGGAAGAAAAAAGCCACUUAUCCCAACAAACGUGCCCCGAUUGGGGGGCGUGGUGAAGCCAUUCCGCGCAUCUAAGGUUUCCCUAGAUGACGUAGAGAAGAGGGGGCGCGUCGUGAUGUCAGGGUGUUUCCCGGUGACGUUCUGCUGGACAUGCGCACCCGCGCCGCGGCGAUUCUGGGUGACGUCACGGGCGUGACGUCGCGCUCCUGCCUCCCUGCCUGGAGGAUUGGGUGGCUUGGGGAGCUUCUUCUGCCCCGUUCUUCUGCCCUCGUUCCACCCCCCCCCUCCUUUCCGCAUCUGGGGGCGGCUGGAUCGACAGGAGCGACACGGCUGGGCCUCCCCUUCUCCCUCCUCCUCCCCGUCCCCCCUCUUGGCCCCCUCCUCUCCCUCAGCGCUUCGAUCCAAGAUGGCGGCGCUGAGCAGCAGCGGCAGCGCCGAGGGGGCAACGCUUUUCAACGGAGACAUGGAACCUGAGCCGCCUCCGCCCGGGCCCUCCUACGCCGGGGGUAGCGGCAGCGCCGGAGGCGACUCUGCCAUCCCGGAGGAGGUGUGGAAUAUCAAACAGAUGAUUAAAUUAACCCAAGAACACAUAGAAGCUCUACUAGACAAGUUUGGAGGAGAACACAAUCCACCCUCAAUCUAUUUGGAGGCAUAUGAGGAAUAUACCAGCAAGUUAGAUGCAUUACAACAGAGAGAGCAACAGUUGUUGGAAUCAAUGGGAAAUGGAACUGAUUUCUCGGUCUCCAGUUCUGCCUCAACAGAAACAGUUACUUCAUCCUCUUCUUCUAGUCUUUCUGUAGCACCUUCAUCUCUCUCUGUAUAUCAGAAUCCUAUAGAUUUAUCACGGAGUAACCCUAAAUCUCCUCAGAAGCCUACUGUUAGAGUUUUCCUACCCAACAAACAGAGGACUGUGGUUCCAGCACGAUGUGGAGUAACAGUCCGGGAGAGUCUAAAGAAAGCUUUGAUGAUGCGAGGUCUUAUCCCAGAGUGCUGUGCCGUUUACCGUAUACAGGAUGGGGAAAAGAAGCCCAUUGGUUGGGACACAGACAUUUCCUGGUUGACGGGAGAAGAACUACAUGUGGAAGUCUUGGAGAAUGUGCCUCUUACGACACAUAAUUUUGUACGGAAGACAUUCUUCACUUUAGCGUUUUGUGAUUUCUGCAGAAAGUUGCUUUUCCAGGGAUUCCGUUGCCAGACUUGUGGUUACAAAUUUCAUCAGCGUUGCAGUACUGAAGUGCCACUAAUGUGUGUGAAUUAUGAUCAGCUUGAUUUACUUUUUGUUUCCAAAUUCUUCGAACAUCAUCCAAUACCACAAGAAGAGACCUCUGUAGGGGAGACCACACCAGCAUCUGGAUCAUACCCUUCAGUGGCCCUUUCAAAUUCUUCUGUCCCACCAAUUCUCCCCAGUCCGUCUCCUUCAAAAUCCAUCCCAAUACCCCAGCCAUUCCGACCUGCAGAUGAAGACCAUCGAAAUCAGUUUGGUCAACGUGAUCGCUCAUCAUCUGCCCCCAAUGUGCACAUCAAUACAAUAGAGCCGGUCAAUAUUGAUGACUUGAUUAGAGAUCAAGGGUUGCGAGGCGAGGGAGCCCCUAUGAACCAGCUGAUGCGCUGCCUUCGGAAAUACCAAUCCCGGACUCCCAGUCCCCUCCUCCAUUCUGUCCCCAGUGAGAUAGUGUUUGAUUUUGAGCCUGGCCCAGUGUUCAGAGGCUCAACUACAGGAUUGUCUGCUACACCACCUGCGUCUUUACCUGGAUCUCUCACUAAUGUGAAAGCAUUACAGAAAUCCCCAGGGCCUCAGAGAGAGAGGAAGUCCUCAUCAUCUUCUGAAGAUCGAACUAGAAUGAAAACCCUAGGUCGACGAGAUUCAAGUGAUGACUGGGAGAUACCAGAUGGUCAGAUCACAGUUGGACAAAGGAUAGGCUCUGGUUCAUUUGGGACAGUCUAUAAAGGGAAAUGGCAUGGUGAUGUUGCAGUGAAAAUGUUGAAUGUUACAGCUCCCACCCCUCAGCAGCUACAGGCUUUUAAAAAUGAAGUAGGAGUUCUCAGGAAAACACGACAUGUGAAUAUAUUACUUUUCAUGGGUUAUUCAACAAAGCCACAGCUGGCUAUAGUUACGCAGUGGUGUGAAGGGUCGAGUCUUUAUCACCAUCUACACAUCAUUGAAACUAAAUUUGAAAUGAUCAAGCUGAUUGAUAUAGCACGCCAGACAGCACAAGGAAUGGAUUACUUGCAUGCCAAGUCUAUCAUCCACAGAGACCUCAAGAGUAAUAAUAUAUUUCUUCAUGAAGACCUCACAGUAAAAAUAGGCGACUUUGGCCUAGCAACAGUGAAGUCACGAUGGAGUGGAUCCCACCAGUUUGAACAGUUGUCUGGAUCAAUUCUAUGGAUGGCACCUGAGGUUAUUAGGAUGCAAGAUAAAAAUCCAUAUAGCUUUCAAUCAGAUGUGUAUGCAUUUGGAAUUGUCCUUUAUGAACUGAUGACUGGGCAAUUGCCAUAUUCCAACAUCAACAAUAGAGACCAGAUUAUAUUUAUGGUGGGACGAGGGUAUCUUUCUCCGGAUCUCAGCAAAGUGCGAAGCAAUUGUCCCAAAGCCAUGAAGAGACUAAUGGCAGAAUGCCUGAAAAAAAAGAGAGAUGAAAGGCCUCUCUUCCCCCAGAUUCUUGCAUCUAUUGAGCUUCUGGCCCGGUCGUUGCCAAAAAUUCACCGUAGCGCAUCUGAGCCCUCUUUGAACCGUGCUGGUUUCCAAACAGAGGAUUUUAGCUUGUAUGCUUGCACGUCUCCAAAAACACCUAUCCAGGCGGGGGGAUACGGCGAAUUUGCAGCGUUCAAGUAGCCACAGCAUCAUUGGCAGCAAAUCCACUCUUAUUUUUAAAGUCUUGUGUUCCGACAGUUCCUUUUUAGAAUAUUCAGACUUGCUUGUUCUCCUCUAAACAUUGCGUUUAGAAAAACUAUAGAUCUGUACACUUAGAUCAGAUCAGAAAGGAGAUCCCAAUCCAACCUUUUGGUGGAAGGGAAAAGCUCUUGUUUGGGACAAGUGCUUUCCGCUGCCUCUGUAUCACCCUCCAACAAAAGUCAUGUGCAUUUGAAGAUCUCUAGUGGCUGCCUGUACCGUUGGCAUCAUUCCCAGGACAGAGGGAGGGCUGCGCUUUGACUUUCUGGUGCUGUGGCAUGAUGAAGUUGGAACUCCUUCUGCAUCAUAGGCUUGGGAUGAUCUGCUGGCCGGCUUUCUCCCUCUAACAACGAUUCAUCAGAGGCUGAACAUCUGAUGAGACAGAGCUAAUCAAAACAAUCAUCUUCUGGUUUGAUUUUAUUUUGUGUGUGUUUUCCUUCCUGAUCAACAAAAUAAGUGUGGUGUUUCCUUUUCAACUGAACUUUGCUCUUUUGAUUUCACAAAACAAAAAUUCAGUCAGAAGAGUAAGUCAGAGUCAUUUGAAAAGGGAAGGCAAUUCUGCACUUUCCAGAAUUGCUUUUACCUCCUAUUCAGAGCCAUCCUUUUUCCCAUCUUUUCCUUUUGUGUACUUUUGGAACGGGUUAGGAACCCUUUUUUUGUCGGUCCAGCAACAAAUGUUUUUACAAAACAGUAGCAAAGCUCAACACGCGUGGCUUCUUUUCAUUUUGUAUUGCAAAUCUGAAUCUAUGUUUUGUGUGUUGAACUUUUUGGGAAUGCCCAGAAAGUCUAAUACAGACUAUGAAUAACAAGUGUACCUAUUUUAAAAGGUACAAGGUAGUGUCAGGUACCUAACUUUUCAUAAGCAGACAUUCUCAGGUUGAAUUGAAUACAUUUCAAAAAUGAAAUCCAGCCACAACCUUCCCAAAAAUUAGACAUUCCAAAAAAACGUGCUUUGGUACUUUUUUUUUAAAAAAAGCAGAACUUUUAAACAUGUUAACUCAGCAAACUGUGAAUGAACACUGUGUGCACGAAAGAGAGAGAAAAUGCAGCAAAUUAGCUUUAAGGGCAUUUUGCUGUUUCUUUUGUUAUUGUUUUUCUAUACAAAUGGUACUUGCUGGAUCAACACUACUCACCUUGCCUAUUCUCACCUUUUCCCAUGCAACUCCUUUUCUUGCCCUUAUUUUGUACCCUUGGUGAUUGCAUUUUGCUUUUCUCUUUAUGCCUUGCCCUUAAAUCUAAUUUGCAAAAUGGUUUCUGGUUCUUAUUAUCCAAACAAAAUAAAAUGAUACAAAAAUCAGAUGUUAGAUUAUCUCUAGUAGAAUUAUGAAGCUAUAUGAAUUAUGAAGUAAGCGGAAUUCUCUAUGGUGUGGUGAUUUUCUUUUUUGGAAAAGGGUAGUUGUGUGCCACUGGAAGAGAAUUCAUAAGAAGAGAAGCCUUAUUACUGUGUCCUGUAUUGAUAGAUAGGAAGCUGGAAAUUGCAGCCCCUGUGCUAGUAUAGUUUCUAGUGGACGAAACUAGAUUAUUUUGUGGUAAAGUCAAAAUUAGAGUUAACAUGUUGAUUCUCCAAUAUCCAGAUCUGUUACUAAAAAAACCAAUGAAAGAUUAUUUUUUUAGCAAAGCUUUGUUCGUAAAACUUGAUUUUUUUUUAAAAAAAAAGUAUUACCUUCAUGAUAAAGGAACGAUUUAGUGUAUUUGAUUUUUUUUAAUUGAACCAAGGUACUUACAGAAAUGGGAGCAAGAGGCAUAAUCAAAAAAUAAUGUGUAUUCAAACACUUAACACAGUGGUUCUCAACCUUUUUAAUGCUGCGACCCCCAACUGGUCGUAAGUCGAGGACUACACAACCGGUCGUAAGUCGAGGACUACUCAACUGGUGCAGCACCGUUUGCAGAAUGGGA